AUGCCCGACCCGUUCCAGCAUCAGCCAAACACCGGGGAACAGACGAGUUCCAGUCUGUUGCUCCAGAUCCUGUCACAACAGCAGCAGCUUAUGGCAAAACUGUCCGACCAGGUAUCAGCGACGCAUCGAGCAAUUUCGGAGUUAAACAGAGACGAAAUAGCUCUUGACUCGCUCUCUAGCAACAUCACGGAAUUCACCUAUGACCCGGAACACGGUAACACCUUCGACGCCUGGUUUUCAAGGUACGAGGACCUUUUCGACAAGGACGCCGGGAAGUUGGACGAUUCAGCGAAGGUCAGACUACUCAUGCGAAAAUUGAACCCGGCCGCACAUGAUCGGUUCACGAGCUUCAUCUUACCGCAGCUUUCGAGGGAUCUAAAAUUCAGCGAAGCUAUCGAAAAGCUCACAUCCAUCUUCGGUUCUCCCGUAUCCACAUUCCAUCGCAGGUACCAAUGCCUGCAGACCAUCAAGGAAGACGGCGAAGACUUUGUUUCCUACUCCUGCAAGGUAAACAAAGCAUGCGUAGAUGCGAAGAUCAGGGAGAUGACCGACGAACAAUUUAAGUGUUUGAUCUUUGUCAGCGGAUUGAAGUCGCAUAGAGAUUCCGACAUCCGUAUGCGCUUAAUCAACAAGAUCACCGACACCGUGGAUAUUACUCUGCAAAAAGUGGUUGAAGAGUGCAAAAGUUUAGAAAACCUUAAACAGGACAACAGUUUGGUUGAAAAACAACAUUCAGCAACAUCAGUGAACGCAGUACAGCAACAUAGUUUUUCCAAACCAAACUAUAAACAACCCUCAUCCAAGUCUGCAGCAAACAACCACCCGAAAACCCCCUGCUGGUCAUGCGGGGGAAUGCAUUUCAACCGAGAUUGCCCGUACCGAGAGCAUCAGUGCCGUGAUUGCCGGAAGAAGGGGCACAAGGAGGGGUAUUGUACAUGCUUCCUCAAAAAGACCCCCGGGAAGAAGAAGUUUCAACCGAAAAACAAAACAUGCAAAGUUGUUUCGGUGAAAAGCGUGAACCAGCGGAGGAAGUAUACGGAAGUUCUGAUCAACAACUGUCCAGUCCGGUUGCAGAUAGAUUCGGCGUCCGAUAUUACUAUUAUUUCGGACACAAACUGGCGACAACUCGGACAACCGCUGGGACAAGCACCGUGCGACGCGAGAACAGCUUCCGGAGAACCACUCGAUCUCGCUCUGGAGUUCUGGGCCGAGGCACAAAUCGGCGGCGUGACAAAAUCAGGUUUGUGUCGUGUUGCUUCUGCUAAUCUUAAUCUGAAUAUUUUAGGCUCAGAUUGGUUAGACCUUUUCGGCUUGUGGGACGUACCAAUAAGUGCUUACUGCAACCAAGUAAACUCGACAUCGCAAUCAUCCAAGCACUUUUGGCAAACGAAAUUCCCAAAGGUUUUCACCGAGAGUAUGGGCCUGUGUACCAAGGUUAAGGCUCAACUGACGCUAAAGGGCAACCCGAAACCAGUAUUCCGUCCUAAGCGUCCGGUUUCGUACAGCAUGCAGGCUGCAGUCGAAGACGAACUUCAUCGGCUCGAAAGUCUGGGCAUCCUCCAAGCGGUCGACCAUUCGGACUGGGCGGCACCAAUAGUGGCAGUGCGGAAACCGACAGGCAAAAUCCGUAUAUGUGCUGACUUUUCGACGGGUUUGAACGCCGUUCUCGAACCCAAUCAGUACCCGUUGCCGCGCCCGGAAGACAUCUUCGCUAAAAUGUCCGGAUGCAAGUUCUUCAGCCACAUCGAUUUGUCAGACGCGUAUCUGCAGGUCGAGGUGGACCAGCGGGACCAACAAUUGCUCACCUUCAAUACCCAUCUCGGAUUGUUCCGGUAUACCCGGCUGAGUCCUGGAGUAAAAUCGGCUCCCGGUGCGUUCCAGAAAAUAAUCGACACCAUAAUUGCCAACUUGGAACUCUGCUGCGGUUAUCUCGACGAUCUGAUUGUAGGUGGACGAACCGUGGAGGAGCACAACCGCAAUGUGGACCGUAUUUUGGGCAAGCUGGAGGAAUUUGGAUUUACUGUGCGCAUCGAAAAGUGUACUUUCAAUAUGCGCCAAGUGAAGUACCUCGGACAGAUCUUAGACGGAGAUGGUAUCCGUCCCGACCCGGACAAAACUGCAGCGAUUGCUUCUAUGCCCGCUCCCCACGAUGUACCCACUCUUCGUUCUUACCUUGGGGCCGUAAAUUACUACGCCAAGUAUGUCCCCGAAAUGCGCAAGUUACGGUACCCAAUGGAUCAACUGUUGAAAACCGGAACGCCGUGGGAAUGGUCCCAUGAAUGUCAACAAGCGUUUAACCGGUUCCGAGAAAUUCUUCAAUCCCCGCUGGCACUCAUGCACUACAAUCCAGACCUGGAAAUCGUCGUGUCGGCGGAUGCAUCGCAGUACGGAAUAGGAGCCCGAAUCGCACACAAAUUGCCGGAUGGUCAUGUUAAGGCAAUUAGUCACGCUUGUCGCAGUCUCACCCCAGCAGAAUCCAACUAUAGCCAAAUCGAAAAAGAAGGCCUUGCCUUAGUUUUCGCCGUUACCCGUUUCCACCGGAUGAUCUUCGGAAGACGGUUCACCUUGGAAACCGACCACAAACCACUUCUGUCCAUCUUCGGUUCCAAACAAGGCAUUCCUACGUACACGGCGAAUCGGCUACAACGGUGGGCACUAACCUUGCUCUUGUAUGAUUUCAGCAUCACGUACAUCAAUACAGAUAGCUUCGGGUAUGCCGAUAUUCUCUCCAGGCUGAUUAACAAGCACACUCGGCCAAAUGAGGAUUACGUGAUUGCAUCCAUCGAGUUGGAAGAUUCUAUGAAUGAAAUCGUCAAGCAAUCUCUAGAAUUUCUUCCAAUCACAUUCAAGGUAGUGCAGCGCGAAACACGAUGUGAUGAUAUUCUGCAGGAGGUUUUCAAGUUUGUGCAGCAAGGUUGGCCAUCGAAUACAUCUGACAUUUGCUCAAAAUUACAACCAUUUGUACAACGUCGAGCCAGUCUUUCAAUCGUUGGGCAAUGUCUUAUGUACGGAGAGCGUCUAGUGAUUCCAACCAAGCUGCAACCUAAAGUGCUUCAACUGCUACACAAGGGGCACCCUGGCAUCGAGCGAAUGAGGUCAGUCGCCAGAAACUAUGUUUACUGGCCAGGGAUCGACGAUCAAAUAGCACAACGAGUCAAGUCUUGCAUCGAGUGCUCUAAAGCAGCCAAAACCAACAUCAAAACGAAUCUGCAAAGUUGGCCAGCACCUGAGCGACCGUGGCAGCGCAUUCAUGCUGACUUUGCUGGCCCCGUCGAUGGAAAUUUUUUCUUGAUCGUGGUAGAUUCGUACAGCAAGUGGCCCGAGGUUAUUCCGACGAAACGAAUCUCUACCGCAGCGACACUCAACAUGUUUCGUGAAAUCUUCGCCCGGCAUGGUAUGCCGGAAACACUAGUGACCGACAACGGAAAUCAGUUUACUAGUGAAUGCUUCGAACGCUACUGUGAGUCCAACGGUAUUUUGCAUCUGCGUACUCCUCCAUACCACCCACAGUCAAAUGGGCUCGCCGAACGGUUCGUCGAUACAUUCAAGCGAGGAAUGAAGAAAAUAACAACGGGGGGAGAGGCCCUUCGUGAAGCUAUCGACACCUUUCUCCUGUGUUACCGCUCUACCCCGUGUCGUAGCGCACCUUCUGGUAAAUCGCCUGCAGAGCUGUUGGUAGGCAGGAAGCUGCGUACCGCAUUGGACUUGUUAAAACCUUCUGCACCACCAACACAGUCCAACCAUUCUGCGCAGGAUGCUCAAUUUAAUCGGAAGCAUGGCACAAAGUCGAUCAACUACGAUGCCGGGGAUUUGGUCUGGGCAAAACAACAUCGAAACAAUGCCUGGACAUGGGAAGCUGGCCGAGUCAUCGAGCGUGUUGGCCAUGUCUUAUACAACAUCUGGCUGACGGAUGGCCAGAACCUAGUGCGCUCACACUGCAACCAACUUCGUAAGCGAUACUCUUCAGACCAGCCCGACAAACAACAAUCUUCGGAUUCAGUUCGCCUACCACUUGACAUUCUGUUGGGUUCCUGCGGAAUGAAUCGAGCUGAAACCGAAUCCACAACACCUGCGCCGGAAAAAGGUUUAUUUUCGGGAAUCAUCCAGCCAACCGGAAAUGGAUCACUGUCAGCUGUUCAGCCACCAGGUGUACGUCGUCGUCGUUCUACAAUUCCCCAAAACGCUACUACUCAGCCAGAACAAGUGCAGCCUCGCCUCUCUUCUCGUGUAAGAAGAGCACCCGUGAGGUAUGCACCGUACCAGUUUUAUUGAAGGGGGAGAUGUUGGGAGGCGGCCCACCCUACGACAUAAUCAUCAACCAUCAUCAUCAGUGGGGCUCAUCGACUGACGGACUGUCAGAAGCCUGAUGCUCCCACACGGAAGUGAUAAUAAGAAGAAAAGCCAUAGAAAAGUUCUCUUAUACAAUUGUCCGCCAAAGUAUCCACACGCUAUUUUUAUAUCCACGUUUUAAUCCUAGUUAAUAAACCCAAGUAACAUUUUUAGUUUUAUAAAAAUCUGCAAGCUAGCUAUGAAACAUUGUUA